GUUUCCAAUUUGAUAACUAAACUGAUUCAAUUCAUUUCAUGAUGAGUUCAGGAAUAUGAAUCAGUUGUAGUUUUGUUACUAUUUAGUAAAUUGAUGAUCAACAUGCAUUAGUUAGUUCAUAUAUGCAACCCAGUAUCAGCAGCCUUGUCUUCUAAUUUUAGUCAAUAUCUAAUAUAAUUAGUUCUUUGGGACUUCUUGGUGAUUAAUUCAUUUUAAUUUUGUGAUGGUUUAUGUUUCUGUUAUUUGGACUGUGUAUCUUCAUUUGCUAAUAAAAUUAUGUACCCUUUUAUGUAAAUUGGAGGGAAAUCUUUUUCUUGAUUAAUUGGAGAGAAAGUGAUUUUUUCUUCAAAUUCGAAGUUGGAUUCUUAGAUCUCAGGGAUCAGGUUCUGCACUUCAUUCAGAGUUCAAUCUAAGUCUUUCUUGUAUUGUUUGGCUUGCAAUAAGAAGCCUUAAAAUACAAGAUAACUUUUAGCUUUACCCGAUAUGUACGCAGUAGUAUAGCAUUUCGUAGUAAAAUAAUUGUUAUCUAAGGGGGAACAUAUUCAUUGAAAAGAGAAAUUAAUCAUCAUCCAUUUGCAUAGAUCCAGAGGUUAUGCCCAUUUCAUGUAAUGCCACCAAAAGAUUUCAAUACAUCGGGUGGCGUGAGAUUUGAUUAUGAUCUUCUAGGAUAAAAUCGAAUUCUAGUGCUGCAUUUCAUUAGUUAGAUGCAGUAGCAGAGACUCAAAGUGAUUUUGAUUGGAGCACCACUGAAUUAACGCUGAUCAUGAGAUAAAGUUAUUAUCUGCUGCUACUGUCAUGUUUCUAUGUGCAUAAGGGAUUGAUGCAAGGGAGAGGGACCACUGAGAAUUAUGGACCUCAGGAUCAUAAGAUAAAGCAUAGAUACAUCAAGAUGAUAAUAUAUAUUGUCGCAUUUGACACUUCCCUUAUCCCUAUUAUUCUCCAAAAUAUGGCCAUUUCUGUAAAGCCAAAGGAAUUGCAAUGGCGUUAUUUCUAUAAGUAUUGGAGUGAGUAUUGUUGAUUUAUAGAAGCAAAAACUGCCCCAUUCACAAUUUCUUGCUGAAAUUUAUCUAUAGGUCUCCAACCCACUUAACUCGAAUCCAGAUUUUAGUUGUGAAACUUGAGCGUGAUGUAUCCAGGUGGUUAUACAGCCGAAGUUACAUGCCUCUCUCCUAAAGCAACAGUGGAGGAUGUGCAUGAUUUCUUUGCUCACUGUGGUUCGACUGAGCAUGUGGAAAUCAUCAGAUCUGGCGAGUAUGCUUGCACAGCAUAUGUGACAUUUAGAGAUGCCUAUGCUCUUGAAACUGCCAUCCUGCUCACUGGAGCUACAAUUGUGGAUCAACAAGUAUGCAUAACCCAUUGGGGGACUUAUGCAGAUGGAUCGUAUCUUUGGAAUGGGGGCUCAAUGGGAAAUUAUGUGAACCAGUAUGCAUCGACUCCAGGAGAAGCUGUGACAGUGGCUCAGGAAGUUGUCAAGACAAUGAUAGCAAAGGGAUAUAUUUUGGGAAAAGAUGCAUUGAUUAAAGCCAAAGAUUUUGAUGAAUCUUAUAAAGUCUCAGCUACUACAGCUGCCAAGGUUGCUGAGCUUAGCAAUAGAAUUGGUCUCACUGAGAAGAUACAAGCAGGCAUGGAAACCGUGCGGUCUGUGGAUGAGAAGUACCAUGUCUCCAAUAUCACUGCAUCAGCUAUAUUAGUUACUGGAACAGCAGCUGUAGUUGCGGCUACUUAUACAGGGAAAGCAGCUGUAGCAGCUGCUAAUGCUGUAGCCAAUAGCAGCUACUUCGCCAAGGGAGCUCUCUGGGUUUCAGACGUUUUGAUACGGGCAGCUCAAGCGGCUGCUGAUUUUGGCCAUAGUAAGGAUAGUGAAUAAGUGGAACUACUAGCCAACAGAAACAACAGUUUGUUGUUGUACCAAAGUGUUGUUAAUGACCGAAAUUACAGUGCAUAAGCUUGAUUCGGCAUGGUUUAAAUUAUGAAUCUUAUGCAAUUACAAGUGUUCAUAUUGAUAAAUAAAAUGUCAGCAAGUAAAUAAGUUCUAAAUA